UGUGGCCAAUCCAAAGGAUGUUUAGCUAGCUAUGUAUCAGACUUCAAUCACUGUUUUAAUCAACUCCACUGAUAAUAAUUCAGAAAACCAAAUUUAAAAAUCUGAGGCCCUGUACAGCACCCAAAGAUCCACAGCAAUUAGCUAGCUAACGUUAGCGUACGUUACGCACCUGCAGUCAAAAAGAAGCCUGUCCUGACUGUUGACUAACGUUACACAUCCUGAACUAGCUAGCUAACUAAACAAAUUGUUUAUUAGUUAGCUUUAAUUAGUUUUUAUUAGUUAAGUGUAUUAGUCAAAACAUGUUUCUUCUGGCGUAACGUUACAGCUGCCAUUGGUAUAGUUAUCCUAACUGUUUCGCUGACUUCAAAGUUUAACUAUAGCUAGUUUUGCGCAGAGUAAACAGCAUUAAGAUAACGCUACGUUGGUUCUUAAUAUCUCACCCUUUAGCAUGAGAGCCGUUGUCUUGGCUGGUCGAAGAAGCGACUCGUUUCAUUAGUGUUAUAAACGAGUUAAUGUCUCGUUCAAAGGCUGAAACAACUGGGUUUCUUUUAUCAAGUUCCCCGUAAUAUGAAGCCGUAUCCCUGGUACCGUCGGGCCUUUCCACAUCGACUUUCUGACCUCUCCUUGGCAGAACCUCUCACUGAUUGGCCACUAAUCUGGCCCUUCCCCUGGUCCUUCCCCUGGAUACGCCCUUCAUUCAUGCGCUGGUUCAACUGGCCCGACAAUGGACACAGUGAGAUGCGCAUUGAAAAGGAUCACUACAUCAUUCAUGUGGAUGUGAAGUUUUUCUCACCUGAAGAGCUGUCUGUCAAUAUCGGUGACGAGUUCAUCACAGUACAUGGCAAACAUGAGGGCAGACAGGAUGACCAUGGCUUUGUGUCAAGAGAGUUUCUGAGGAAAUACAGGCUUCCUGCUGGAGUGUCAAGUGCUGAUGUCAACGCCUGUCUGUCAUUUGAUGGUAUCCUUACAAUCACUGCACCUCGGUCAUCUUCCGGCUCAGAGCGCCCUAUUCCUGUUUCCUGUGAAGAUGGAACAGCAAAACAGAAAAUGUAGAGCAGAGUCUGAUGCUCUUCACACUGUUUCACUACUAAUCCUAAAUGCUGCCUGUUUUUAUUUUUAACCUGUUAACAGUUUUGUUGGCAGUAGGCAGGGCAUAAAGGUCUAGAUGUCUAUAAGUGCCUCCUAACACACCAGUAUCUAAUUCCUAACUCACUGUUAUUCCCAAGUAUCUGCAAGACAAUGGUGCUUUGAAAUUAAAGGCUAAUCGUGGAGCUUAUGUAACGACAAAGUGUUGUAUAGACACAGUAGGGUGAGGUGCAGGAUAAUGAACUUCUGAGAGUUAAUUUCCCUAUCACAAGCCUACAGAACUCCUACAUCCCGACUAAAAAUAUUCACACCUCUGUGUAUGUAAAUGACACAUUAAGGGCAUGUAAUCAUUUUUUUGAAAGGCAUUCCCCGAAUGUUAUAUAAGGUCUUUACUGGCCCUGCAGUUUAGUGACAAAAUUGUAAGCAUUUGUUAUUUGAACUCAAACUAAAUUGCAGCACUUAUUAGUUUUACAGGGAAAUGCUAAAAUGUCAAUUUAAGGGGGUGGAAAUGUAAAGACUAUCUAAAAAUUGUCCACUGAAGAUGGUAACAGACUAAAAUUGUUAAGCUUAAUUGCAUCUACAGUACACGGUACUGUCUGAGGGUGUAUGAGUAAGAUGCCAACUGUGCUUUGUUUAUUCUUUUAGAAUAGUGUUGGUUUCAGUAUGUGUGAGGAGGAGGGAGUUCUCUGGAGGCAUAUGCAGUCAUUUUUUAGAUUGUUCACUAAAAAAAAGCCACCAAAGGACUUGGGACCAGCUGUGUGUGAAGAAGGAGGGUGAAUGAGCCGUAGGGAUGUAGUGGAUGAGGGAGGAACUGAUGUUUAUCACUGGGCUCCUUUUCCACUGGGGAGCAUGGCCUCUGAGCUGCUAAGGAAAGUGUGUGUGUGAAGGUAUGUGAGAGUGAAUGCAUAAUGUGCUUGUAGAUGCAAGAGUUACAGCUUUAUCAUUCCUUCACAUUGGCAAAAACCCUCUGGCAUAUUAACACAGAAAACAACAAAUAGAAUA